AUGACUGUCGAUACCACCACGAAACCAUUAACACCUUGCUGUCCAAAUUGCAACGCAACCCUUUUCUCACCCGACGGUACAGUCGAGGACCCGACCGCCGCCCUUCUGGCAGCACAGAAGCAGAUUGCCGACUUGCAAGCACAAGUUCGCCUGUUGAAUCAGAAAGCCACCGCCGCCGUCGACCGCUGGGCUGACUACGAGGACGAGCUGUCACGGUUGCGCGCCGCCUCCAUCUCCACGGCCAACAGCAGAACUACACAAAUGCACACCCCCACGCCGUCGCAGAGCGGCACCUCAAUCCUGGGCAGCCCGACGAGAUCGAGCUUCCUGAACGCAGGCGCAACCCGGAUAUCGCAGCUCCUUAGCCCGCGGAAGAGCACGCCAAACCUCACGUCCGUUGGCGGGCGGGGAUCGCUGGCCUCCGGGCUGCCAAGUCCAGCGCCUAGUACUGACGAUUUGAUGGAGGCGCUUUCGCGCGAGCAGAACUUGAGAAUUGCGGCUGAAGGCAAGCUGGAUGAGACGUCGAAGGAGGUCGAGGAGCUGAGUGCGACGCUGUUCGAGCAGGCGAACGAGAUGGUGGCAAGCGAGCGGAAGGCUAGGGCCAAGUUGGAAGAACGAGUGGAAGUGCUCGAGAAAAGGGACGAGGAGAAGAGGAACCGGCUGGAGAGAUUAGAGGGUGCGAUGGGACGGAUCGAAAGGGUUGGGCGCUUGUUGGAUGGAAAGUGA